AUGGCGACUAACGAACCAGAGCACGAGCACAGAGAGGAAGAAGAGGCCGGAGCUAACGAGGAUGAGGACACCGGAGCUCAGGUCGCUCCGAUCGUUAGGCUUGAAGAGGUUGCUGUUACUACCGGCGAGGAAGACGAAGACGCCGUUCUCGAUCUGAAAUCGAAGCUGUAUCGGUUCGAUAAGGAUGCGAAUCAGUGGAAGGAGAGAGGUGCUGGUACUGUGAAGCUCUUGAAACAUAAGACUACUGGGAAGAUUCGUCUCGUUAUGAGGCAAUCGAAAACUCUGAAGAUCUGUGCUAAUCACUUUGUUAAACCAGGCAUGAGUGUUCAGGAACACGUUGGGAACGAAAAGUCUUGUGUAUGGCACGCUCGUGACUUUGCCGAUGGGGAACUUAAAGAUGAGCUUUUCUGCAUCCGAUUUGCUUCAAUUGAGAAUUGCAAAACCUUUAUGCAAAACUUCAAGGAGGUUGCUGAAGCUGAAGAAGAGAAAGAAGAGAGCAAAGAUGCCUCAGACGCCGCUGGUCUUCUGGAGAAGUUGACCGUGGAAGAGACAAAAACUGAGGAGAAAACCGAGGAGAAACCUGUGGAGAAGGUGAAAACUGAAGUGGAAGCAGAUGAAAAGAAAAAGAGCGAGACAGAGAAAGCUGUCGAAGAAAAGAAAACUGAAGAGGCUGGUUCCUCACCUUAA